AUUCUGUUUGUUGUAAAAAUGUAAACUCGUUUUCAAGGAGCGACUUCUUGUUACGUUGACGAAGAUACAAAGAGCAUCAUAUAAGGAUGGAAUGUAGGGUUCAGAUCAUGAUGUGUCAAGUUGUUCUCUGUCUGGUUCAGUGACAGAACACGUUCAGUAACAAAAUUGAAGCGAUUGUGUUCAUAUUGCUUCACGAGCCAUCAUUUCAGAAUUGAAAUCCGAGAUUAUUGUGGGACUGACAUUGAUACCGCAUUACUUUGUGAAGUGUUCCAAGAAAUAUGUUUGUGUACAUUAUAUGCGUUAUAUUACUUCUGUUGUUCAUCAGCAGGGUAACAUGUGGAUGGUGUAGUGAUAAGACUUGCCUCGUCGGGAAAACGGCUAUUAUAACGGGUGGAAACUCAGGAAUCGGCUACCAAGCAGCUCUGACCCUGGCGUCCAAAGGGUGCAGAGUUAUAAUAGCAGAUAAAGAGGAUGCCUCCAAAUCACGAGACACAAUCGUACGUGAAACCAAAAACCACAAUGUUAUUGUUAAGGAACUGGACUUGGCCUCUUUCAGCUCCGUGAAACGUUUUGCCAAGGAUAUCAUCGACAGCGAGCCAAAUUUGCAUAUAUUGAUAAACAAUGCUGGAAUUGGAACCCUUGGAAUGCAGCAUACGGAGGACGGGUUGCAAAAAACAAUGCAGGUGAAUUACUAUGGACACUUCUUGCUUACGCAUCUUCUGCUAGGUCUCCUGAAAAAGUCAUCGCCAAGCCGUAUAAUUUUCACUGGUUCGAUAACCUCAUUCUGGACGAAACUAAAUGUCGCCGAUAUGACUCCUCCAGAGAACUUGUCGGGCAUACAACAUCGAAUGUACUCAAACUCAAAGCUCUGUAUGAACAUUGCUGCUAAAUGUUUCGCCGAAAAGCUGACAGGAUCUGGAGUUACCGCAUAUUCUUUCCACCCGGGGUUGGUGAGAACUGGUAUAUAUUGGAGAUCGAUUCUUGAGAAUCGCAGUAUCUGGGUGAUAUUGUUAACACUGACGACUUGGAUUUUUGGAAAGAAUGCUGAAGAGGGAGCUCAGACAAUUAUUCACCUUGCAUGCAGUGACGCUAUCGAAAACGCCAACGGAGGAUUUUUCAGUGACUGCCGUCAUUUCGUCCAACCAAUUCAAGUUUAUAAUGAUGAACUUUGUGAAAAAGUAUGGAACAUAUCAAAGAAAUGUGUUAAAUUAGGCCCAAACGAGGGUGGUAUUUAGAUUAUAUGUGACUUUAUUCAAUGUGUGAGGUAUCUCUUAUUUAUAAAAAUUUCCCUUCAAUCGUCGGCCGAGUAGCGGUUUGAAUAAAGUAUAUCCUACUACGUGGGAUAAUGUAUCAGAAAUAUAUUCAACUGUAAUUCUGA